UCCAUCGUCAUCUUAGGACAAUCUAAUAGUCCUAAGAACUAUGUGUCAUAUGUAAUUCUUUGCCAAAAUUGUAUGAUACUAAGGCAGGUUUCCCAAAAUAAUUCCUACAAAAUGAGCUUAGUAAUACCUAAAUAGUUUGUAUUACUAUGCCACAAUGGUCUUCAAGGAAACGAAGUUUUGAAUAACUUAACUUGUUAAUGGUAUGGAAUCAUUCCAAUCAAUGGCUUGAUGCAUUGCUUCCUCAAUGAGUAACUAAGUUACUGACUUUCUCCCAACAUUUUUAUGUGAACUACGUUUAGUUCUAUUUUAACAUAAUGACAUCGAAUGGCAUGGGAAAACAGAAUAACCGUUCUCUUUAUUGAUGACUUGAAUCACUACAAUUACACCCUAAUGUUUCCGCUCAUAAUAUAUUUUAAAUCUAUUUCUACUUCUGGCAAACGAUUGUUUACGAAACAACAAACGUUCGCUAUGUUCGCCCCACUUCGACGCUGUUGUAAUGUCCAUCAUGACAUGUAAUUUACUUCAUAAUUGCCUACUGUGUCCCGUAUUUCCGUCCAAUUGUAUGUAUUUCGAGUCGAUUAAAAAUAGCCUCUAAUUACAGUAAAGCCAAUUUUAUACUCUACUACGAAUAAACAAGUUAAUUCGGUUUACUCGCGACGACCACGUGACUAUCAGUUGAGAGCGGUUGUAGGGCGCCGCCCGCCCACGUGGCCGCCACACACAAACCUGUCACUUACAUAAUACAUGGCUCAGACGUAAACGUAACCCUACGCACAUUCAAUAUAUUUUUUCACGCUUUUUUACAAAGAGGUUAAUGAAGUCAGUUCGCGAUCAGUUGUGAAACACGUAACGGCGGAAAUGACCACCUGACGGGAAUAGCGCGUCGCGCAACUCUGUCGCCAGCCCCACAGUGUGACCGCGCCAUCACCCGGCGCCACUCGCGCCGUAGAUAACCCUGCAUCACACCGAAAAUAACCAGUCUACUCCUAGCCGCGGUCCAGCCACGACUGUCGCCAAUUUGACCUAUCCCGCCUUAUAUACCGACCUGAGGGAUGGCAUCCGUGCGCACGCGCUCUGCUUCCCCCAAAUCAGUUUCGUUUUCCCCGAUUCUGGAGCGAAAGUACAGUGCUGAACGAGGCCCGUCGAGUCCUCCUGAACUGAAGUCGACGGACUGGAGGAAAUAUUUUACCGAUUUUAGUGCAUACCUUGAUGCGCUGCUCGCCGACCUCCAAAACUCCAUCAACCCUGGCGCCAGGGUCGGCAGCCCCGGUGGCAGGAGUUCCCCCGGCGGUCGCACAGCGUCCCCCGGCAGGACCAGCUCUCCACUAGGCCGGGGCAGCUCACCAGGCCGCCUGAGCUCACCAGGGGGCAGCUUGAACUCACCUUCGUCAACAGGCUACGGCUCCAUAAAUGGAUCAAGGAAUAUAUCCUCGGAUUAUAUUAAACCUGCUUCGCCAACCUACCAAAACACAUCGUCUCUUCACGAGAAAGUCGUGCCAAUCAAAUACAAUACCACACCAGCGAGCUACGGUAGCCACAAUACCAACUACAGCACCGGACAGUCCGGCUACGGCAGGACUGGGCGUGGGAACCUCACAGAGCUGGACACUCUACUCGAUGACCUGAGCAAUGCCAGAUACGGAAACUAUGUGGACAAGUCACAUACGUACAGUGAAAGGAAUGGUGAGUUCACCGACGGAUACGCCCGUACCAACGGCGCAACCAGCCCAGCAUCUUCGAGGCCGACUGUUGACUCGCUGCUCGACCAGCUCAGCGCCGACCUGCCCAAUGGGUAAGUAACACACACCUUGAAUAGCAUUUUUAUACUAUUCUUCGUUCUUUUCCUAUCUGUCACUUGCUGCUAAACUUUUUGUCCUAUCUACCAUUUGUACGAUCAUUUUUAUAUUGAGUUUCAUCACGUUUAGGAAAAUAUAUUGUGUUGCCAACAAGUGACUCUCAAAGAGAUCUUUUUAUAGUUCUAAUACUAUUAAAAAAGAAGACAUUUGAAUAUAUCAAAUAGAUGUUAUGUAAAAAACUUUACCGAAACCAGAAAUUAUUUCGUCCAGAAAUAUACUUUGUAACGCAGCCAAAUUACAGCAACAUUUUAAUUAUAAAUGCCAAUAAAAUGAAAACCCGUAUCGUAUAAACCCGUGUUAAAAUAAUGGCGUUUUCAUGUCUUUGAUGUGUUAAACGAGAACAUUUUCUCGAAAUAAUGGGUAUAGUC